GAACGCAUCUGUUUGUGUGCCGCGCAGCCCUUGCCCCGCCAGUCCCCCCCUCCCUCUGCCCCCUGUUCGCUAGCCUGGUGAACCUCCUGCAGUGUGACGUGCUGCUGGCUGUGGAGGGUGCCGUGCUGCAGUGGGCGAUGGAGCCGCGGGGAGGAGGCUGGACCGAGUCCAUGCUGCAGAGGGUGCUCCAUUUGGUGGGCAUGGCUCUGCUGGAGGAGCAGCAACAGCUGGAAAACAGCAAUGGCGAGGAUGACAUCACCUUCCUCUAUACCGCCAAAAUCACACGUCCGGGCGAUGCGCCGAGUACUUCAGGAAGUGUACUUGCUUUGCUAGAGAGUCUACAGAAUGCUCCUCACCUUGAGGUCCACAAAGACAUGAUCACCUGGAUCCUAAAGGUACAA